CGGAGGUGGUGGUGGUGUGGUGAUGGUGAUUAUCGUGUUUGACAGUAGCGAUCUGGUCGAAAAGUGACGUUUGCGUCGGAAACGUGGGUGACGUUGGGGGUUCGAAGUGGAGUGAGGAAAAAAAUAAAAUGUUAUAAAACAAUCCGAGAAAACUAGGCGCGAACAUGUCAUCGAGGAAUUAGCGCUCCCGAUUUUUGGUGACAAUACACAGCAUCCGCCUAAUAUGGGAGAAUGGUUAUGCACGAAGCUGUUUUGCUGCUGUUUCUACUCGCAGGAUGGCACAGGGUAUUAGCGCUGCCUCUGGUGCGAGACGUGGCGGUAGACCUGGGACAGAACCUGACGUUGUCGUGCGCGCAAGACGAUGUCCUGCUCAAGUCCGGCAAUACGUCGGGAGUGAUGUGGAUAAGGGAGGGGCGAGAGGCUUCGAGGUUGAAAGUUGAACCCAACGGAGCGCUCCAGUUGAUGAACGUGAGUCUGGACGAUGCGGGAAUAUAUUCCUGCACCAUGGACGAAGAUACGGAUGCGCUGAAAACGAGGAUCAACGUUUUUGUCAGAUCUCCUCCCCCAGCGCUGCAAAAUGUUUGGGUCAAGCCAUCCACUAUUUUGGCAAACGUUUUGUGGGAGGUUGGCGGGACUGGCGGAUAUCCGAUAAUAGAUUUCACCGCCGAAUAUCGUCUGAAAACGCCGUCUAACGAAGAUCCCGAGGACUGGAAGCCCAUUGUUCCCACGCACAUUCCCCCCAACUCCAGACAAAUUGAUGUUUACCACUUGGAACCGAACACGACUUAUUCCUUCAGAGUCUGGGCAACCAAUCAGCUCGGUCGGGGCGAAAUUGUCGAGGUCGAGGGUCACACGCAUCACAGUGUAGAGGAGUUAGAACUUGCCAGACAUCUUUUAGACGGAGCUGAAAACUUUGAUACUCGAGUGUGGGUAGCAGCCGUCGGUAUAGUAAUGGGAACAUUGUUAAUUUUGGGCCUUGGGACCUGCUACCUUUUAUACCGCGAAUGCAAGGCACCCUCGCAGCUGGAGGAGCAGGAAGUGAUUGAGUUGGUGCCCAACAUAAUCCUGAAUCCUGGAUUUUUUGACGAAAGAACGGAGCGCGUACCUCAGGAUGAAAAUUCAAACAACCAAACGACAACCCGACUGAACAAUAAUACUGUCACGCAACCCAGGCGGCUCUAGCAAUUGGCAGAGUAGAAUGUGAUUUUUUUUAUACCUAUAUUUUAAGCUGGCUUAAACAAAAUGAGAAAAAAAAAAAACAAAACAAAAAAAAAACAAAAAUUUAAUAAUGGUAAUAAUAAUGAUAAUGAUAAUAAUAACGAUAUAAUAGCAUACACACGUGCUUCUUUAGAAGCAUAAACUUCAGUAUGACCACAAACGAGCAUGUACUGAAUCAAUUUUUUGUAAACUGCUCGCUACUACUACUACGAGGCAAGUUUGUGAAAUUUACCGUCACGCUAUCUUGCCGCUAAUCAAAGUCACGCAAUUGGAGUGAGUACAAUAAGUACGACACACGUACAAGCGAAUUGUUCAAUGUAUACGCAAAAUGGACUUUGAUAGGCUUGCUAGCGUGGCGAAGCGCUAUUUUUGAGAUAUUUUUUGUCUCACCGGUUGAAUCUAUAUUGACCAUUGCAUUUUUUGUAACUGAUUGAGACGAAGGAGAAGAAUAUGAUGAUGAUGAUGAUAAAAAAAAAAAAAAAAAAAAAAGUAGUUUCGUCGAAUUUAAGAAGAAAUAAUAAGAAACUAAAAAUUAAACCAAAUGGUAAAAGACUGUAACCACAUAGUGAGUCUGCAUUGUUUUAAGUGUGCUAAUCGUGAGAUCGUAUACAUGACAUUCAAAAUGUCUCUGCUUCGAGUCGUCUAGUCUUAAUCGAUUAUCAAAUUUUUCUCUCGUUACGUACAAAUGUCUUCUUCUUUUUUUUUUCUGUUGUUGUUUUUAUCUGUCCGAAAUGUCUCUGUACUCGGUCGCAAUAGGGUGACUAAUUAUCACACGAAAAAUUAAUAGCCUUUGCCAUUGCUUCGCCACCCGGGUUGCUGCUAAAUCAAACCGCAUCAAGAAUUUUAAAAAAAUCAUUAAAAAAGAAAAUAAAGAAGCAAACUGCAAAAUAGAAGAAACACAAGGAUGAUACUGCACUAUUUCACCAGGCAACUUUUGAAGAUAUUAUGUAAACCGAUCGGUUUUGCUUCUUUAACAUAGAAAAUCUAACCGUAGAUAUCAAUGUAACGCUUUCAAUGCACCGAAGCUUACCGCUACACAUUCCUCACGUUAAAUUGUAGCAUCCCUUCGUGCGAACAGUUAUUAAUGCAGAUUAUAAGUUGUAUAAUUCCAACGAUACGACGUUCGGCAAAAGUUGAAAAUGUUAUAAAGUUUUCAUCGCCAGAGAUAAAAAGUUAUAUUGGUAGUUUGUGCGAACAGGGGGAUUUGAGAAUAGAGAAUUUCUUUUUUUAUUUUCAUUUUGCGUGGUAUACGUUUCCUUUGGAUACCUGCAUCUGUGCGACGUGAGAAUGGAGCUCGAAUGGAAUUGAAAAGAUGAAUAAUAAAUGAAUAAGGCAGGCGCGUUUGGCUCGAAUUUCUAAAACAAGAAAAUAAUAAUUCCAACCUUGCAAUAUUACAUGAAAAAAAAUAAAUAAAUAAAUAAAAAUAAGCUUCCGCAAUUCUGAAUACAAUCAUAUCAGAAUAGUUUAGACAAAAGCAUAUCUUU